AAGCUUCCCUAAGUGGCCAACAGAUAGGCAGAGCAGAGCUCCUGUCGUCUGUCUGUGCAGGUUGUUGUGUCUCUACACUGAGCACGUGUUUCCCACAAAAACCACGGCGAGUCUGUUUGACCGGAGAGUUUCCUUUACAGCCAUCUGUCUGAUUCAGGACUUCUUGUUGAUUAUUCUGUGGUGAGUGACUGGUUGAACUGGCGCAGACAGCGUUGGGAAUGGAGCCUUUUUCGGACCAGUUCAUGGAGUUCCACCCGAUCCAUGGCACCAACGUCAGGCUUGACUACUCAGGUACUCAAGCCACCCGGGUAGAGAGCUUUGCAAAUGGCGUUUGUUUCAGCAAACACCCUCUGAAGCCCGGAGAGAUUUUCCUGGUAGAGAUCGAGGACAAGGAGCUGGGCUGGUGUGGCCACCUCCGGAUCGGCCUGACGGCCAGGGAUCCCGGGGGCUUAGAGGUGGUACCUGAGUACUCUCUCCCGGACUUGAUGGACUUGGGGGACAGCUGGGUGUUUGCCAUCACCCGCAACCACAACAAGGUCGUAGAGGACGCCGAGGCAGCACCAGCUGGGGGUCAGAGGCUCGGUCGAGGAGAGGCGGAGGACGGAGGUCAGGGAGAUGGAGGCAGCAACACAAAACCCAAAGCUUUCUUCACUGACACUCACUUGUAUAUUAACAAUGUCCGGAUCCCCAGAGACAAGCUGGUCGGUAGGAGCCGCCCGGGACGCUUCAGCCACAUUUUGGAUGACCUGUACAAGACCAACGCUCUGCCCCCAACAGCCAGGCGGAGUAGGAUUGGGGUGCUGUUUGUGCCUACGGGGCAGGACCUGGGUGACAUGCACAUAGUGAUCAACGGUGAGGACAUGGGAGCUUCGGCCAAGGGAAUCCCCACCAUCCGGCCGCUCUACGCAGUGGUGGACGUUUUUGCUGCGACCAAGUGUGUCCGCAUUGUUCAGGUGGAGUAUGGAUUCUCGUCCUUGCAGACGUUGUGCAGGAAGGCCAUCCAGAAGCACAUUGUCCACAGGAUGGCCAUCGACUGGCUGGAGCUGCCAGAGGCUCUAAAGCACUACUGCAAAUACGAAUGAAGGAUGCAGACCUGUAAUAGAAAGACCCAUUUUCUACCAAGAAAAAUUUAUUUAUUUUCCCGACAGAACUUGUGGUGUGUUAAUUUGUAAAAAUCAAAAAAGUAUUUUGUUAUAUCGACUAGAUAAACUAAUAUACAGACA